GAUUGACUGGUUUGUGACUUCACUUCCGGCGUAAUAAGCUUAUGAGGAAAUCGUUUCCUCAUUUGCAAGCUUGCAUAAUCAGCUAGUUCGUUUCAGCUAUGAAGUCGUUAGGGUACUUUACGAUAUCAAUCGUACUCUUCUGUAUAUCAACAACGUUUAUCAAAGCCGAAUACAAACACGAUGUACUCUGCAACAAAAACAACUGCAGUUUAUCUACGGUUUUUACCGAGCUACAAAAUAAUUCACGAGUGAAAUUUCAACCUGGACUUUAUCUUCUCGACAAGAACAUYAACCUGUCUAAUUACAGAAAUAUCCUGAUUCUUGGAACUGAUGGAGUGUUUAUUGAAUGUACUGGCAACAAUGUUGGAAUUACUUUCAUGCGAAGUCAAGCAAUAAGGUUUGAACGGUUAUCCAUCGCGAAGUGUGGAGCACCUCAUGUUGGGACUUCGUUGUACAACAUCACCUUUAUGGCAGCUUUUAGCUUUGUGUAUUGUCGUGAUAUUAAUUUCUAUAAAGUAGGUCUGUCAAAUAAUCCUGCUUUGGCAGUCAAUCUUUAUGACGUUGGUGGAUCUGUAAGCUUUAUUUCUUGUCGUUUUUCAAACAAUUCAAGAGAUGUUGGUGAUUAUAGGUGGGGAGGGGGUGGUGUUUAUGUGCAAUUCACUUAUUGCGGAGCCUUGAAUGGAAAUGGCUGCACAGAAAGCGAUAACGAAGAACACCAAAUGUACAUACAUAACUCUAGCUACAUCUUCAAGGACAGUUCUUUUGCUAAUAACUCUGCUCCAGGACCACCUAACAUUCCAGGAACAAAAAACACAGACUUCCUACCACCCCAGGGGAAAGACCACAUGUCUCUUGGUAGAGGAGGAGGGCUUUCUUUUUACCUUAGAGGUAAUGCAAGURGCAAUCAAUUCGUGAUAGAUAACUGCAACUUUACCAACAAUUAUGCAGUAUGGGGUGGAGGACUUUUCACCGAAGUUGUGGACAAAUGCAUUCAGAACAAUUUUAUUGUGAAAGGCUGUUCRUUUACUGAUAAUGUUGCCAAAUGGGCUGGUGGUGGUAUGCGCUAUGGCCUUAUACAAGUAUUUGAUGAUGUUAAACCAUAUAUCAAUGGUACAUUCAUAAAUAGUACUUUUACCAAUAAUUCGGCAAUAUGGGGUGGAGGAUCCUCUGUUUAUGCAACAGAAGAGGCACUAACUAGCACAGGAAAGGCAAGCAGCCAAAUYAAAUUUAUUGGAGUGACAUGGAUUAAGAACUAUGCUUCUAACGGUGCUGCCGUAGGAGGAGCAUCAUGGAAGAUCAUAAGUGCUGGUGGUAUUGUAGUUCCUAUAUUCCACAACACCACAUUCAAAGAAAACUUGAUAGUUGACUACAAAUUAUCAUCAACAAACACAUCUUUUUACACGUCCGUUGUCAAAGGACAAGGAACAAUUUGYACAAAUGCUAUGCCAUUUUAUUUUGAUGGGGAUAACUAUUUUAUGGAUAACAAAGGCAGUGUGUUCUUAAUGACUGAUGCAGUUUUGACAGUAGCUGGUUCUAUGGAGUUUCACAGAAAUGAAGGUCAUGAUGGUGGUGCGAUAUCAUUACUGGGACAGUCAUGGAUUAACAUUAACCCUGGAUCUAACUUUCUGUUUUCUAAGAACAAAGCCUUACGAGGUGCUGGUAUAUUUGUAGACACCCCUGGUACACCCAAUAGAGUUGCAUCCAAAAAUUGCUUUAUUACUUACAAUGCAGCCACAACUCUACAAACUCUUAUAUCUCCUGACAAAUGGAAGACAUUUUUUAAUUUCUCUUACAACAAUGCAUCAGUWGCAGGUCACUCUAUCUACUGUUCUACAUUAAAGUAUUGUUCAUGGUACAUGGAAGUCUAUGGUUUCCACAACAACCAGAUAUUUAACUGGACCAACUUUGUGUAUGAGAAUUCUUCCCCAGUUGGUAGCGAGAUAGCCACUGACCCUGUUGAAAUAGUCCUUAAUCAACAGGACUGGCAAAACAUAGCACCAAGUGAUGAAACUAACCCCACAGUCAAACUUAUUGAUGAAAGAGGGCAGACACUACCUGGUAUAGUAUCUGUAGCUGUGGAAAACUCCAACCGCUCCAACACCCAAGUUGAUGUAAGCUCUGGACCAUAUUUCCCUUCAGAUAGCAAGAUCUACUCAUUGAAAAUGAGUGGAAAAUCARACAUGACUUUCACCGUUGAUAUUCAAACUACCACAGGACGGGCCAUUAAGGCUGUUAUAUGUAACAUCACACURAAAAACUGCCGACCUGGAUAUUACCUCAAGGAUAACACAAGAUGUGUCUGYCUYAAGUCCCCAGAAACAUCAAGAGAUUAUGACGGCAUUACUCGUUGUCAAGGAGACCGUCAUGUAUUUAUUAAAAAAGGAUUAUGGGCUGGCGUCAUGGAAGGAAAAGCUGAAUCAUUUGUAACAACGCCAUGUCCAUCGAUGUACUGUGACUACCGUUGUUCUACUGGWGUCUCAUGCGCUCCUCAUGAGUACCUAUAUCUYGAGGGGCCCCAGCGACAAUGUCAAGGUCACAGGACUGGAGUACUCUGUGGAAAGUGUCUACCUGGAUAUAGCGUAGUGUUGGGAAGUGACCAUUGUAAGCUUUGCGCAGAUAACUACAAUUGGAUUGGCUACAUGACAUUGUUCCUUCUUGUUGGUACUUUAGUGGUUGUUGUCGUUCUGCUGCUGAAUGUUGAUAUUUCUGCUGGUUAUUAUAUUGGCUCACUUUUCUUCUAYCAAGUUGCAUAUCUCCUAGUACGAGAUGGCUUUUCUCCUGAUCCAGUGCUCAGGUUUAUGAUGGGUUUAGCUAAUGCUCAAGUUGGUAUGGGUGCCUGUAUGUGGUAUGGAAUGACAGACYUGCAGAARCUUGCUUUAACCUAUGUCCURCCUGCCUAUAUCUUGUUUCUGUGUACUGUUGUGGUGCUAAUAUCAAGGAUGCGAAUGUCUGUGUUCUCUCGUAGGUCGGCUUUAAGAGCAUUUACAACAUUGUUUUUAGUAUCGUAUACAACAUUCACGUCAGUAUCACUAGAUAUCCUUCACUUCUCGCCUAUCAAUGGCAAAAAGGUGYUGUAUAGAAGUGGUGAGGUUGAAUACUUUGGAAGUGAUCAUAAGAGUUAUGGCAUCCUGGCUAUCUUUGUGUGCAUCAUUAUUGUCAUACCAUUCCCUUUGUGUCUUCUAUUAGUCCAACCUCUGUCCUAUCUAAARCCAGGCCUUGGCAGUGCRACCAUUAAACCUUUCYUGGACAUCUUUCAGAGUUGCUACAAGACUGAGUACCGUUGGUUUGCUGGUGUUUAUUACCUUGCACGUAUCAUCCUACUUUUAAUCUAUACCUUCAUCUCUGAUUCAGCCAUCAAACAUGGCCUSUUGUGUUUUGUKUGCAUCUCAUUGUUGACACUUCAAGCGAACAUCCGUCCUUACAAGUACCAAAAGACAGGCGACWCAUCUGUUGAAAUGUCUGGUGAUCAAACUAGGAGUGGAACUUGGAUUAACGUACUGGAUUCUUUGUUAUURAUGAAUCUAAGUUUGAUAUCUUUGAUUGGUUCAUUCUCUACAAGUGAUGAUAGUUGGUUUAYGGCACUGUCRUCAUAUAAUGGCUACUCCCCAGCUGAUAUUCUGUGUCUAUUCCUAAUGUGGCUCCCGGCUCCUUACUUUAUAGGUGUUAUAAUCCUAAAUCUGUACAAAUUUGCCAGGAAGAAAUAUGAAAGAGCCCAAUCUGUCAUAAUUAAUCGACAAGUGUCUAUGUUCUCAGAAACAUCUGAUGUGCCAGCAGACAGCUAGUUUUGUCAUCUUUCUUUCAAGUCAUCUGUUGGUCUAUGAUGUAAUGUAGUGACAAAAACUAUGAUGAAGUAAUCUUCUUGGAUAUAAGGACAAUGUACACUUCUAGAGACAAGCUGAUUACAAAUUGAUCAACCAUUCAAAAGAUAAAAGACAGCAGCCAUGUUGGAGGGUGAACAAAAGAUACUAAAUGAGAAAUCCUUUGUUGAAGGAUUCUCCAAGAUGGCUGCUGUGACAUGAAGAAUAAUAUGAAGAAACAAUAUUUUCAUAUUUAUGUUAUGCAUGACAUUUAGAUUAUUUUGCUUGUUUUUCUUUAUAUUUUUGGUAUAAGACUUAAUUGAUUACAGUUUGACUAAUAUUACUCUUUGUUUCAUGGGUUUAUGUAAACCAUUCCACAAUAUUUAUUUACAGUGAAAUUUUACAAUUUUUAAUAAUAUUUUUUUUGUGAAAAUAAUGUCACAUGUUUAAUUGCUUGGCAGCACUUUGGUUUUAUUUAUUUUAACGAUGGAUUUUUAUUCUAUUUUUGGAGUACUUUAAUGUGGGGGAUGUAGUAAUGGAGAGCCUGACACACUGCCAUCUCGUAGAUAGCUGUUUUCAUCAAUCAAAACUAUUGUUGUGUCAUUUAUAAUGAUAAAACUGAAAAUUGGGAGCCAUCCUGUAACUUACUAAAUUGAUUUUUGAAAACAAACUUGGACCCAUGCACAGACGUAAUUGGAUAGGAUUUUUAAUUCAUUGGGUAGUACUACAGAGUACUUUCUGUUUUUUUAAUUAAAAUCUAAUUCAAUUAUUAAUUAAAAUAAAGAAUUUUUUACAUGCAAA